UAGAAAUACGAAUACACCCAUUUCAUUGAAAACAUUUAUAGCAUAUUGUGUAAGCUUUUGUGAGCAGCUCCAUAUAGAGUCAAAAACUCGUAAUCUCUGUGGUAUACAUAGGUACUCAUAUGCCACCCAUGUUCAUUCACCGUGCUCCACUUCCAGCAAAUUGUCCUCGGAUAAAAAUAGUGCUAAACUUCUGACACUGAGGCUGGGGUAAAUAUCCGCCAAGCAGGAUCCAAUGGGUCUUUUACUUAUAAAAAUAUAAGUGUUAGCCGUAGAAAAAUAACCUUUUUUUGCUAAAAAAAGAAAAUGUUCGAUUUCGAUGCACACACACAUAGGUAUUAGGAAUAUUCACACAUACAAUCUACUCUAGAAUACUAAGAAAGAAAGCUAUGCAAACUUUCUGAACUUUGGCUCAUAAUGCACGAGCAGGCCGCAGGCGUAAUCUGCGCGAAUCCCGUACAUUACAUUUCCCGAAGCACUUGUGACCAACGAGUGCCCGUAUCAUUGCGGCUACUCUUGGGCAUGUAUUACUAACUGUCCCGGUCGCUGAAGCAGGCUGGCCGUCUUACCCUACUCACAUGGCCGUUUUACCUCAUGGGAUGGGGGGGGGGGGGUAAUACGGUUUUUGCAACAUUUUGCGAAAAUAGCUACAAUGUGUUUGUUGCAUCAGAAGUCUCAUCUUCUGGCAAAUGAAAGUAAAAUGUCUAAAGGACGUUUUCGCUCAGUUUCACGUCUCAGUUUUUUCUGAGCAGUCGAAAAAUUGCUCCAAAGUUACGGUGGCGGUCACUUUCCCCUACUGUGCUUUUUAGACGGCCAGUUCCUCCGGAUUGGACGAAGAGUUGGACUGGAUGGCUAAUGCGUUGAAUGCUAAUGUGACAGCACUUUGGGUGGCACCUAUUAGCGGUUCGCCAACAUAUUAUUUAAUGUCAAUCAUUACUCUGGCUUCUGCUCACUGUGCCCAUUACCUACCCAACUGCGGACCCAUUAAUUAAGCCGAUACUCCUGAACUUCGUUGACUUACAACGAUGACAGAGAUAUGAAAAAAAUUAUCGCCCCAUCGGCUGCAAAUAUCGGCUGUUUUCCACUCGCUGUGAGUACGCUCAAAGCUGGCAGAUCCCUCCAUUCUCUGUAUCAUCGGUGUCCCCUCCCCGUCCCCAUAGACAGCUCGGCUCAUGACAGGGCGGCCGCCGGACGCGGUGGGCGGGGCCUCGCCCGAGCGCCGCGCUGAUUGGCGGAGCGGCCGUCGGGCACUGUAGCCGGCCUGUGACCAGGGGAGGGGCCACCUCUGCCGCUGCCGACAGCCCGACACGGCGAGAUGUGUCCUUAGGCACGACAGCGAUCGGCCGCGGUGGUCGGCUCCCGGGUCCCUGGCCGGGAAGGAUACAGACACUAGCUUGUAUCAGUCUCAGCGUCACUUUCAGACGAUAGGUUUCAGUAGGUCGCCUUUCGUGGCGCAUCACAGCACGCGGUAUCCGCAUUUCCCCGAGUAGAUUUCCUCGCCGCAGCGCGCAUUGGCGUGCCUCCGUUACCCCUCCUCCCGCUGCCAACUCCGAGUCGCCAUGGACUCGUCGAAGGUGCCCAUCAGCCUGGCUGCCACGGGCGGCUCUCUGUUGAGUCAGGCGGUGCUCGGCGGUCUCUCUCCUCUGUUUCUGCGCGCCUCAGAGCGUUACCAGCGCACGCCCAAGUGUGCGCGCUGCAGGAACCAUGGCAUCGUGUCGGCCCUGAAGGGCCACAAGCGCUACUGUCGGUACCGGGACUGCGCCUGCUGCAAGUGCACCCUGAUCGCCGAGAGACAGCGCGUCAUGGCUGCCCAGGUGGCGCUGCGCCGGCAGCAGGCUCAGGAGGAGAACGAGCUCCGCGAGCUGGGCGUGGUGUUCCCGGUGCCGGCCGAGAUGGGCGGGUCGGCCGGGUCGCCGCCCCCGCCCCCGCCCCCGCCCGGAACACACACCGAGACAACCUCCGAACACGGUGCUGCUGAGAUGGACCGCGGUCUGCCAGCGGCAAAGAAGGCCCGCUCCGAGACCGUCGGACGAGGCAGAGACAGUGACAGAGAACAUGACAGAGACCACGACAGAGACCAUGAUAAAGACAACGACAGAGACCAGGAGAGGGACCAGGAGCGGGACCAGGGCCGGCCGUACCAGCCGGAUGGCGGCGCGGCCACCAGUUUGGACCUGAGGUCACCGGUGACCCUGUCACUGACCCAGCCGCCGCCGCGAGCCAUCAGCUCAGACGACGAGGUCUCAGAGAGAUCCACCUCUCCGCGGGCGAUCCAGCCCAACUACGACUCGGACCGAUCGCUGGAUCUCAUGUCCAGACUCUUCCCGUCAAUAUCUAGAGUGGAGCUGCUACAGGCACUCAAAGCACACGGAGGUAACACACUGGACGCCAUAGACAGUCUGCUGCGGCCGCGGCCGGCCUCCGCCCUGCGUGACGAGCCUCCUCCGCCGCCGGCGCCGGUGCCGCCCUCUGCCUUCUCCCCUCUGCAGCUGCCCCCGGCCAUGAUGAGUUUCCCGAGCCUGCGCUACCCGUACUCGCGUCCGCCGUACUUCCCUGUGCCGUGGGGCGGUAGUGACCUGUUCCCGCCGUACCCCGGCUACGGCCUGGGCACACCGGCCGGUCUGCCGUCGGCCGCGGGGGUCGGCGAGGAGCGGCUCGAGCCCGGCCGCUCGCCGCCGCCGCCCCCGCACAAGUGACGGUGAGGUCGGGUCGGUGGAAGGUGAUGCACGUGAUUGGCAGUUUGGUGCGUAUGACUGUGGUGUGAUAUGUGGUACUGCUAAUUAUGUCAUACAUAUGUCAAGCAGAUAGUAAUUAUGUAUUAUGAGGCGUGAGAGAAUGUCAGAUCGUAAGACCGAAGCGAUAUUCAUGAUGACAAAAUGGUAUUCAUGAAUGCAACUUUGUGCUUCUUGUUGCUUCUGUAAAUACGCUUCAAGGGCUAAUAAAAGCUGCACUUAUUGUCUGGAGAAUGCUGCGUUAGGUAAGUAAUGCCUCUACUAUGUUCUGUUCGACGUUCGUGUACCCUCCCCUUUCUAAUGGAUAAAUAUAGUCGUGUGUACUGUA